GGAAAAGAGGCAGAACCACUUCCGCUCAGGCUGGAGGGAGGCCUGACGUGUGCGUCGGCUGCGUUGGCGUCAUCACGGGGCGACAGGAGGGAGCGUGAGAGGCGCCUCGUGCGGGAAGGGGUUCUGUGCCCUGAAGGCCGUCGUCGCAGAAGGCGUUAUGGCGGCGGAGGGGGAGGAGGACGAGGGCGCAGUCCCAGUCCCGGCGAAUCUUCCUCCCUUCGGCGCCCAGCUGCCGUCCUUCGAGGCGGCGCGGGCGCUGACGGAGAGCCGCUACUCCUGCCUGGUGGUCAUGCUGCACCGGAGGCACGUCGCCCUCCCGCCGCGCUUCCUCCACCGGAAGCGGACCGGGAUCUGCCUCCAGCUGGACGCCGAGCUGCGUCGCUUCUCCGAGAGUUUCCAAGGUGUUCCUAUGGCGUAUGAUGAUAUCAAAAUAACCAAAGAAUUGGGAGAUAUAAUUGAUGACAUUGGUGCUAUCCAUCUGGAUAUUGAAGCAAGUUUUGUAGUCUUUCAGCCUCAAGCUGGAAAAAAACUUGUGGGUAUAAUCAAUAAAGUGGCACCUAGCCACAUAGGUUGCCUGGUACAUGGAUGCUUUAAUGCGUCUAUCCCCAAGCCAGAUCAUCUGUCGAUUGAUGAAUGGAAAAACUUUGGCUUUCAGAUUGGCAACACACUGAUGUUUAAAGUGUCACAUUUUGAUUCAGAUGCUGCUGGAGUGUUCUGUAUCAGAGGAAAAUUGCAUAGAAACAGCACUGGAGAAAAGAUCCCAAAGGAAAGGCACAAGAAAAAACAUGAGAAGCAUCUUGAUGGGCAGAAUGGUAUUGAGGAGAUGGAGAUUGACUUAGCGACUACUGACAGAGAAAUGGAUCCCAAGGACACUGAUAAUGGAAUAUGUGAUAUGGCAGAUACAGAGGGUGUUCAAGAUAUAGCAGAUUCAGGAACACAUGCCAGUGACUCAAGCGGCUACCACAGUGAUCGAGCCACAUCUAAGAAAAAGAAGAGAAAACAUUGUGAGGAAGACAGUGGACUCCCUGCAUUGUCACCUUCAAAAGCUAAAAAGAAGAGAAAAGAAUGAGAAAUAGAGUAAUGCUAAAGUGCCUUCAACUGAAUGUGGAACUCUGAUCUCAGGCUGGAUCUAUACUGCCCUGUAUUCUAGGAUCUGAUUCCAGAUUAUCUGCUUUGAACUGGAUUAUAUGAGUUUGCACUGCAGAUAAUCUGAGAUGAUCAGAUAAUCUGGGAUCAGAUCCUGGGAUAUAGGACAGUGUAGAUCCAGCCUCAGAUGUAUUAUGCUUCAUGUUAGUGUUAAUGAUUUGCAGUUGCUUUAUUGGAAAUGUUGCAUAUAAAAUCACUCAAAGGUUUUAUAAAGGCAGUUAGCCAAAUAUGAAAAAGGGAAUUGUGUUUUUGUACAUUGUCAGAUUUUUCCUUGAAAUAUGCAGAUGUUUUUUAUCAAAAGUGAAAAGAGCAGGAUACACUUUGGUGCAAUGCUUAUAACUGAGGUAUAUUACAAAAUGAUAUUAGAAGUCUGUUCCCAACUUAAUCAGGACAUAUCCUUUUAAAAAAACCAAAAACACCACAGACCUCCAGAUAUCUAGUGGAAGGAGCAAACAAGAAGGAAUAGGUUUGUAUACAAUUUUAGGUAUGUAUACAUACAUGUCUUCAAACAAGAGAAAUCCGACUCAUUAUUUUGGACAUUUUCUCUUUAUAAACCUAUCUCUAAAAUGUCAAAUUGCAAUUGCAGUAAUCACUGUAGUAAUAGUAGUAAUGUCUUCAGAGUUACAGGUAAUAGAUGUAUUUGGAAGAGCUGUAACCUGUUAAUUUUGCCAUAAAAACUGGGUAGCUUCCUUGAAGAUAAAUUUCUCUGCUUUCUGAGGAUUAAAACAUGGUUUUGUCUUGCUUUGGUGGCUAGAUAGUAUAAUUGCAAAAAUAUCUGGCUUUUAAUGUGGAAUCAUCAGAGACUAUCACUUUGGCCACCAAGGUAAUUCCUUAAGGUUGGAAAAUAUGAGGUACUGCAAAUAACUAACUGUUGAUUUUGUUAUCUGAGAUGGACGGGAAAUGGAAUCAAGUAUGUGAUGAGGGAUAGCUUUAUUUCAAAAUAUGGAAACCAGCAAUUGUGUAUGGGAGGAGGCUGCCUUCUCAUUUUGGUAGUGGAGCCUCAGCCCUCUGCCCCAAAUACCUGUCCUCAUAGCAUCUCCUGCUUCUACUCAGAUCUGUCUCUCAGUAUGAAUUGAGAUGAAGAUCGUAUCUAGUGCCAAACAUUAUAAAGGACUUCUCACUUGUGACAAUAGCUAGAUUAAGCCAAGGUCCUCUUUCUAACUCGAUGCUUCUAGUAUACACUUCCUUCUGUGCCACUAAUUCUGAUGUAAUGUUUAAUUACAUGUGUCUUUAUUGUCCUGAAAAGAAGAAAAAAAAGAUCCCCGCCCUCAAAUGUCCCUGAAUGCUCUUGUCGUGGUGGGGUCCCUUGUUUUUGCAUUAAUGUGGGAAUUUUUAUAAAAGAGGUUUUUUAAAAAAACAAACCAAGUUAUCUGACUUCCAUGUAACAAGGAUUCUCCUGGUCUUGAAAUGACCUGUGAUCAGAGAAGGCAUUUCAGACAAAAAUGGGGAAACUGACACACUGGAAGCCACCUAAAUAGGCCUUGGGGCUGCUUGCUGGCUGCUUUAAGCCUUUUAGCAUAGAUUCUGAAGUUUUUAGAUUCUAAUAAGAGUUAUAAUAACUUUUAAAUGUAUUCAGGUUUUAUAGGAUUUUUGCUUUUUAAAUCCAAAAAUGAUCUCUGAUUUGCUCCCACAUAGGUUUUUUCUGUUACUUUGUUGUUUGUGUGUAGUAGGAUAUCACUGAAUGAAAAUAGUAUGAAAAUUAGUAAUGACACUUGUGAAAAAACAAUGUGUGAUAAAACAUGUUAAUUGUGGUUUGUUUGUUUGUUUCGGAUUCCACCCCCCCCCCCCCCAAAAUCAUUUAAAACAGCUUAAAUAUUGAAAAGUAAUUUCAUUGCAGGCUGUGGAUUGAUAAUUUUGAUAAUUCCUCUCAAAGUGUUUAAAGGUGUAAGGCUGCAAAUCGCAUGCCUACUUACUUGUGGACUAAGUUCUGCAGAUACAAUGGGUUUCCCGUCUUAAAAGACAUAUAUGUAACUUUUAAUGUUUUCUUUCAGUUUUCUUUCACUGGACUUAAAACAUAACAUAAUCAUAUGUUUAGAAUCAUAUGUACCCCACCAUUCACAGCAAUGAAAAUUACAGAGUUGAAAUGUUUUAGAUUGCCUUUGAAUCCUAUGACUGGAAGGUUAUUGCAUUUUCAUGACUAUUGCUUUAUUUGCAAUAGCGAUGGGCAAGGGAACUCCAUUUGAUCCACAUGCUACAAAAAUGAAUACACCCGCCAUUAACAUUUUGCCAUCCCUGCUGUAAACAUUUUCAUAGCCUUUCCUUCCAGAAGAGAGGGAAGUUCAGCUCUAAUAGUUUGCAAGGAAUUAUGCUAGUAGUAUUGGAGGGGUACUCAGGGCCUUUUGACAGGCACCAUAGUGAUCAUCAAAUUUUAACACUGAUUGCAGUUCUGAUAGGAAGGAAUUGAAAAUCUCAUGUGAACACAUUAAAAGUAUGGUUCCAGUACAGCCUUCCUGCUUUUUCCAUAUGCUUGUAAGUCGGAUAUAGAUGUCUCAUAGUUCCCUACUCCCGCAUCAUAUCUCUAGAGAGACAAACCAAUAGAGCAUGAAGCUUAAGCUCCGUUUUCUGGUGCUGUCUGAGCUUCACCUCUUAAUAGCUUAUUUACAGAUGCAUGGUUUAGAAUCGUAGAGUUGGAAGUGACCACACAGGCCAUCCAGUCUAACCCUCUGCAGAAAAAGUAAGCACUCCCAACAGAUGGCCAUCCAGUCUCUACUUAAAAGCCUCAAAGGAGCCUCCACCACACUUAGGCUGUGGGUUCCACUGUUAAACAGCUCUCACAGUCAGGAAGUGUUUCCUAAUGUUCCGGUGGAAUCUCCUUUCCUGUAAUUUGAAACCAUUGCUUUGAGUCCUAGUCUCCCAAGGCAGCCGAAAACAAGCCUGCUCCCUCUUUCUUAUGACAGCCUUUCAGAUACUUAAACAUGGUGAUCAUUUCUCCUCUCAACCAUCUCUUCUGCAGGCUAAACAUGCCCAGCUUUUUAAGCCACUCCUUCUAUGGCAUGAUUUCCAGACGUUUGAUUAUCUGGAAAUCCAGAUUGUUCCUCUGGAUAAGUUCCAGCUUGUCAACAUUCCUCUUGAAUUGUGCCCAGAAUUGGACACAGAUUAUUCCUAACAGUUCUGCGUGUUCUGUAAAGCCCUCUUCAACAAAAUCCCAUCAGCAACUUAGUGAAAUUGUAUCAGAGGAAGAGAACUGUUAAAUCCUUUAUAAUAUUUUGACAUGUUGGGUGAUUCUUUUUCUCAGUAGUCCUAUUAUAUCUGAAGUCCUACUGAUUUCAUUCAAUUCUCUGGACCCAAUCACAAAUCCUAUCGAGUGGUUGAAGGACCUGGGUAGGUUCAUGGAGAAGAGGCAGUUAAGAGGUAAGAUGAUCACCAUAUUCAAAUGAGUGUCCUAGAUCAUUGAGCAACUUUACUUUCUGUUCUAAUAGGGCAGAAAUCAAUGGGAUCAUAUAGUAAGAGAAAGGACCUUAGGAAGAACCUCUUGGUUGUAGAACAGAUUUCCUUAGAAGGUGGUAGUUUUUAAGCAAAGGCUGAAUGGGCACUUAACCAAGGUUGCCUUAGCAUUACCAAAGGUUUGGGGCUGGUGAUCUUUGAGAUCUUUUCCCAUUGGGAUUCUAAGACAUGUCUAUCAUGUGAAUGAUGAAUAAAAUAUGAGAACAUUGCAUUCAUGAGACCAGUUAUGAUGCUUUAUGAAUCAUUUUAUUAAAGAUUUAUAAUGUGCUAAAAUGAAACUUCAGAGUUUCCGAGUUAACUUCAGAAAGUGUUUUCCAUACAGUCUCAUACUGUCAUGAUUUGUGACUUUUAUAUUAAAAUAUUAAUAUAUGCAGGCCUUUCCCUGCCAAAAGACACUGUUAGGUGAUGUCUAGAAAGACCUUUAAAGUAAGCCUAUUGUGUUUUCAUUGUGGAAUUACCGAGCAAAAAUAUAACUAUUCCAUGCAGGUGUUUGAGGCCUUAUGUAAAGCCCCUUGGAGUCCAUGGAAAUGCUUCUCUGAGAUUUAGCAGUAUUUGAAUCAAUAAUUCCAUUACGUUUGACUGCUUUUAUGGUCCGUUUUUGAAAAAAAGUAUGUGUUAUUUCUCAAUGGUAAGGUGAGCUGCAUUGCAGAAUAAAACGGGAAAUUAA